AUGAAAAGAAAUACUGCUACAUUAUUACCUGCUGCUCGAGUUAAACGUAUUAUGCAAGAAGAUGAAGAUGUUGGAAAAAUGUCAGGGAAUGUACCGAUGGUUAUUGCCCGUGCAACUGAAUUGUUUUUAGUAGAUCUUAUUAAAAAAACAAAUACUGUUGCGGAAGAAAAGAAGUCGAAAAGUGUUAAUUUAUCACACUUACAUGAGUGUGUAAAAAAUACUCCUGUUUUUGAUUUUUUAAUAGAAUUGAUUGAGGCUAAAAUGGCUGAAAAUCCACCAGAAGAACGUAAACGUUCAAAAAAAGAUUCAGGUGAUGAGGGGAUUACCUCAUCAAAGAAACGAAAACUGGAAGAAGAUUAA